AUGUUAUCAAUUCCGUCUUCCCAUCAUCAUUUUCGUCUCUUUCCUCAAUUUCAAUACCAUCUAUCUAUCUAUCUAUCUAUCUAUCUAUCUAUCUAUCUCAUUAUUUUCAUUUUUCUUUCUUUCUUUCUAUUCAUUCUGUUUAUAUUUCUUUCUUUCUUCCUCAGUGAGUUCAUAUCUAUCUAUCUAUCUAUCUAUCUAUCUAUCUAUUUCAUUCUGUCCAUUUUUCUUUCUUUCUUUCUUUCUUUCUUUCUUUCUUUCUUUUUAUUUCAUUCUGUUCUUUUUUCUUUCUUUCUAUUUAUUCAUUCUGUUUAUAUUUCUUUCUUUCUUUCUUUCUUUCUCAGUGAUUUCAUAUCUAUCUAUCUAUCUAUCUAUCUUCAUUCUGUUAAUUUUUCAUUUUUUUCUUUUUUCUUAAUGAUCCGCUCUCUCUUUCUCUCUCUGUCUGUCUGUCUCUCUCUCUCUAUCUAUCUAUCUAUCUAUCUAUCAAAUAAUCCGUGCACAAUUCAAUGUAUCUCGCUAAGAUGUAAACACAACCUUGUAGAAGGAAUAAUAAAAUUGAGAGUGAUAUAG